UCAAAGGAAAAAAAAAGCGAUCUCGUUUCAUCCAAAAUACCAUGAGCUCUCCUCCCUCGGCGGCGGCGCCGGCAUCCCCUUCCCCAGCCACCUCCAGCCAUCCUCCCCCGUCCGGCUCUGAUGGGCCUCCGGUUCAUAGCAAGAUUGCUCCAGAUUAUGGAUUGAUUUCAGUGCCUACAAGAAUGAGAUCUCACCACCACCGUCAAGAAAACAGUUCUCCUGGUGGCAAAAGAACGAGAUUUCCUGGGCCAGAGCUUCCAGAGGACAUCUGGUGUCAUAUACAUUCCCUGAUGCCGAUGCGAGAUGCUGCCCAUGCCGCCUGCGUGUCUCGGGCUUUUCUGCGUUCCUGGAGAUGCCAUCCCAACCUCGUAUUCGAUCGAAAAACACUGGGCUGCAGGUUCAGAACUGUUUGGGAUUUUGAAAGCAAAGUUGAUGAUAUUGUGAAAAAACACUCAGGCAUUGGUGUGAAGACAUUCAGUCUUGAAUGGCACUAUGGCAUCAAUGCCAAGGCCUGUAGUUAUCUUGAUAGCUGGCUUCAGAUGGCUAAUGCACCAGGCAUUGAGGAACUCACCCUUAACACGUAUUCAAUAUAUUCAAGGGGAACCGAGUACAACUUCCCAUGCUCACUUCUAUCCGAUGAUGGUAGAGGAAGCUCGAUUCGGUACCUUCGCCUUGCCGGUUGCUCCUUCCGUCCCACGGUUGAACUUGGCUGCUCCUUGCGAAGCCUGACAACGCUGAACCUGUGCGAUGUGCGUAUUACGAGGGAUCAGUUAGGGUGCCUUCUCUCUGGGUGUGCGGCUUUGGAGCGGCUGGAACUCAGGAGAUGCUCCGAGAUAACUUCUCUGAAGAUACCUUCCCUGCUGAAGCACCUCAGCCACCUGCAGGUGUUUGGAUGCCGCAGGCUGCGAAUGAUAGAGAACGAAGCUCCAAAUAUCUGCAGUUUUCUAUUUUGGGGUCUCCAAGUACAGCUCUGUCUUGGACAGCUAUUGCAAUUGAAGGACCUGGAGUUGUGCUGUACCAGUACCACCACGGUCUGCUAUGCACGUCAAGAGCUUCCAUCCGUUGCGCCGAAUCUGGAAACUCUUACCAUACGUUCAUAUCACCAGAUGGUCAGUACAGCAAUGUUACCUAGCAGAUUACUCCACCUCAAGUAUCUGAGCAUUUAUCUGAGUGGGGACUAUGAUUAUUUCUCUCUGGUUUCUUUUCUUGAUGCUUCGCCCUCCUUGGAGACAUUCAUCCUGAAUGUACCGUCGUGGGAAGAUUUGGCAGAGGACUCGGUUUAUAGAGAACCCUUGCAUCUUAGGCGGAUGCCAGCAUACCACCAUGACAAGCUCCGGACAGUGAAGAUCUCUAGGUUCUUCCAUGCAAAGAGCUUGGUUGAGCUAACGCGCCAUAUUCUUGAGAAUGCACCAUCACUUGAAUCCCUAACAUUGGACACCACUCAUGGCGUUCUUUGGUGCUCUACCAGCAAAUUUGGCGCAUGCUAUCCUCUGAGAACCCCUUUGGAACCCCAUAAGGCAGCCCUCGCUAUCAGAACAUAUAUCGAGGAGAAAGUUCCAUCUACAGUUGUGUUCAAUGUUGUGGAGCCUUGCAGCCGGUGCCAUGCUAUAUAAAUAAGCAUCCUAGUUCUUUCUGUGUGUGUAAUUGGAGAUGGGUCGUACUUGUACCUUCAAUUAUGUCAAGUGUCAACUGUCAAACCUUCUUUUGUUUCCAUAUUUAUGCAACUGUACAGUGUUAGCACUUCAGUGUAACAUGAUUGCACAGGCUAAAAUUUCGGCAGAAAAAUUGGUCAUUAGGUUUU